AUGCUCUCAAACAGAGACUCUGCGAUAGCAGCACAAGAGUACCAAUAUUUCCAUAGCUCUUCUAGAAUGGGGUCGGGGGUAACCUACACAGAGCCAAGCAGGGUAGCAAAACGAAGGACAGAAUGGAGAGGAAUUGUUCUCGGUCCUAUUCUCCACAGGGAGAGAAGGAAAGAGGUUAAGUCUAGAAUGGGAUCGGAAUCAGACUGUUACGUAUGGAAUGUGUUAUAUGUUAAUGAUGGGCGGAUCAUUUCGUGGUUGACCAAGCUAAAUAAGCUACUGACAACCUGGCUCCAAGCCUCCUAUAAAAGCCACGUGACUGUAGCAGGCCCAGUAGACCUUACCACGAUGCGCCUUGCCAUAGUUCUAGUCGUUACUCUCUGUGGAGUGUGGCAGACUUUUGCCAAGCCCUACCCCGAGGACUGGAGUCGCUGUCGGAAGCAGUAUGAAACACUCCGUGCCGAAGUUCGACACCUACAGAAAACCAUCUCGCAGCUUCAAUAUGCUGUUUCAAAGUGCUCCAAAUAUUAUAUAAAAGGUCCUAAAGGUUUGCCCGGCCCUCCCGGACCAAUGGGCCCUAAAGGAGAUCAAGGGCUUCAGGGAGAGAAAGGAGAUCCAGGAAUGAAAGGACUGGUGGGUCUCAAAGGAGACCCAGGUCUGCAAGGAAUAAAGGGCGAUAAAGGUGACAGAGGGCCGCAGGGGUUCACAGGAAUGCCCGGUGAAAAGGGUGAUAAAGGAGACACUGGUCCUCAGGGGGACACUGGACCUAUGGGUCCUCAAGGAGUGAAAGGAGAGAAAGGACAAAAGGGAGACAAAGGAGCAAAGGGAGAGAAAGGAGACCAAGGAGAGCAAGGACUAAAGGGCAACCAAGGUGAACAGGGAGAGAAGGGCGACCAGGGACCUCAAGGACCAACAGGUGAUCAGGGACCUCAAGGAGACAAGGGACCAAAAGGGUCUACGGGUCCUCAGGGUGUACAGGGCCUAAAGGGUGACAAAGGAAAUACUGGUGCCAAGGGACAAAAAGGCGACGAAGGUGAAAAAGGAGACACCGGCCCCCAGGGGUCCGCUGGCUACCCAGGAAGCAGAGGGCCGACCGGACCUCAAGGUCCCCAAGGACCUAAGGGAGAUAAAGGACAGAAAGGAAACCAGGGUGAAAAAGGAGAUAAAGGCGACACAGGUCCUAAAGGUGCAAAAGGACCCCAGGGUCCUCAAGGAAAUAAAGGGGUCAAAGGAGACCGGGGGGCUACUGGAGAACGGGGAGAAAAAGGAGAUAAAGGAGCGAAGGGGUCCAAGGGCAAUAAAGGUAACAAAGGGGACCAAGGACCCCAAGGCGAGGUAGGGCCAAAGGGGGACCCAGGCCCGAAGGGAGUUACAGGAGUAAAAGGAAACAGAGGAUCACCGGGACCUCGUGGCCCCAUGGGCCCUAGAGGACCCAAGGGAGAUCCGGGCAAACCAGGAAUAUACCCUUACUGA